AGAGGCACCAGAGCAGAGCAAACCCUAAGAGAGAGAAGAUGAAGAGGAUCCCACGCGUCUCGAGCUACAGGCGCAAGAGCCGCAAGGCUUACUUCAUGGCGCCGUCGAGCGUCCGCCGAGUCUUGAUGAGCGCGCCGCUCUCCUCCGACCUCCGGUCGAAGUACAACAUCCAGUCCAUGCUGGUGCUCAAGGACGACGAGGUCUAGGUCUACCGCCGCAAGUAGGUCAUCCACGUCGAGCGUAUCACCCGCGAGAAGGUCAAUGGCUCCACGGUCAAAAUCGGAAUCAACCCCUCCAAGGUUCUCAUCACCAAGCUCAGGCUCGACAAGGACCGCAAGGCCAAGGGCAGAGCCGCCGCCGAUAAGGACACAGGCACCGAGUUGACGGCGGAGGACAUCACGCAGAACGUGGAUUGAUGAGUGAGAGGCCUCUCUUGAUUUGGGUAGUGAAAUGAGGUUUUAUGAUUAGUGGUUUAAUUUUUAAGAACCUGGCGCCGUUCGUGAGGAACGUCAUGUUCUAUUUGAUUUCAGCGACGUUCUUGUUCUAUAGGACCGGGUUAUUUUUCUAGCCACCGCCUUCCGCGCAUCACUUCGCGAAGAAAAACAAAGG